UUCUAGUGUCCAAAAUUUCUUCUUUUGUGACUUGACUGAAGUUGACUCAGGGAGCUGUUUAACUUUAAAUGGAUCUGGCGAGUGAUUGCUGUGUGGCUGUAAGAUUAACUGCCAAUAUAGAUGGGAGAAAGAUUAUUUCAUGUAGUGGUAGUGGAUUCAUUCAGUCUGGUGCAAUACUUGCUUCUGGAACAUGGUGUUCACAAUUAAUUGAUUGCACAUUCAAAGGAGACUGUCAAAGAGACAUUCCUUCAGUCAGAUUACAUGAAAAUAUUGUUAGCGUACAGUGUACUGUCUAUUCCAAUUUUACAACUAUGAAAAUCAGUGACUGUAAAGUGAAGUUAAUUUUGAUGGAUCAAGUUUUUCAUUCUCUUAAAGAAAAGCAGCAAGACAUGUUCCAAAAUAUUUUGCCAUUCACUGAUCUUGCAAUACUUUCCACCUUAGUACUAUUGGAUCUCAAAGUAUCAUUUAAAUUUUUCCUUUUCUUCCGUUACCGAUGAAGAAUUUAAAGACAACCAAUACAGUAUAUUCUAUCUGUACUCCUUUUGGCGGUGAUUAUUUUGUUUCAUAUUGCUUAAACACUUUGUCACACGGACACAUUAGGAAACGCAUUGAUAGUAAUUUGCUUUUGGUUGAUAUGCAGUUAGUAUAUGGCUGUGAAGGUGGACUAGUAAUUGCUUUAGAUGAAAAUGAAUUAAAAUUUUUAGGUAUGAUUGUAGUAGCUUCUGUGAAUACUGGAGAUGUGGCAUUAGUUGUUUCAAGUGAGAUAAUUAUGGAUCUUGUUAGAAUUGAAGUGAUUCAUAUACCAACUAAAAUAAAGUCAAAUGCUAACAAAAUAGUGCCAUCAGAAGGCCAGUAUAUUGUGUUCAUAAAAUGUGGUGCUACUAGCGGUAGUGGAAUAAUCCUUUCUCCCUCGAUUGUCCUAACUUGGUCACAUGUGGUUAAAGAAAGCUGUCACUAUCCAGUUGAAGUAAAACUAAGAGAGUGUUCAUUUACAGCCACUGUAUUAUUUUCAGCAUCAUUACUUGAUUUAGCAAUUUUGUUACUUCAUCCUUCACUUCCUGCAAAUACUAAACAUUUGUUUCAGUUAUCCUUACCAGAAGGCAUUGAGCUGUUAGGCAGUCAAGUCCAUGCUAUUGGGUAUCAUCAUAAAUCAGUUAAAGUGACAUCUGGGAUAUUAUCUAAAUUAGUUUGUGAUCCUGCUUCUUCUAUUCCAAUUCUCAUCAAAUCAAAUGCUUCUUUACAUAAUGGAAUGAGUGGCGGUCUAUUGCUUCAUACUGAAUCUUCCAUUCCGAUAGGAAUAUUACAGUUUAACAUGAAAGAUCAUGCUAGCAAUGUAGCAUUUGUGUCUGCAAAUUUUUCUCUUCCUUUAUCUUUGAUAUUGGAACCAAUAAAACAGCUACUUUAUGAUAAAAAUUUUAAGAGCUUGAAAAAGUUAAAUCAGAAAAUUAAUCAUGGCAAAAAUUUAUUGAGCAAAUUAUGACACCAAAAUUGUUUGCAUAUAUAGUCAUAGUGUUAAAGUCCUGAGUAUCUU